AUGAGACAGAAAGUUCUACAAGUGGCCUGGUCCAAAAAGGAGAUCGUAGUAGGGGGGAACCGCAUCUUCUUCUCGCAAGACUUCUCUUCCAAAAUACAAGCCGAACGGAGCAGUUAUUCCUCGCUACGUAAACAACUACGGGAGAAGAACGUGAGGUCUCACAUUGUUUACCCAGCGAAAUUACGUGUCUUCCUGGACGUCAAAGAGACUAUCUUCUCAAGUCUAGAAGACGCAUCCCGUUCCCUGAAGGAAACCGGGCUGCUGGACCAGGGGGAGCCUGUGAGACAAGACACAGAAGCUGGAAGCGCCCCAUUUAAGAAAGUGAGCUGA